UUAUUCAAUAAUAAUAAUACUUUUACAUUCAUGCUUGACUAACUAAUUUAAUGUGUUCAAGUUUGCUAAAGAAUUUAAAAGAAUCUAUGAUCGUCAUUAGUUUGCUUUAGGCUCUUGAAGAAAGUGCUUCUUAUUCCGUUCAAGUCACAAAAAAAAUAUUAUAUAUAAAUUUAAAGCAAAUAUGUAUAAGUUUAAAAUAAAUAAUUAUACAUUAGUUAUAUUUAUAACAUUUUUUUGUGCAUUAGAGUCAUUACGAAUCGAUAUGACGUAUAUGGAAAGAGUACAAAAAAAUUUAUCUGAUCAUAAUUUAUAUAAAACACACGUGUCAUCUGGACUUAAAUCGAUGCCGAAUCCUGAAAUAAAUUGCAAAGAAAAUUUUGUCAAGUGUUCGAAUGAAAGUCGUUGUAUUCCGAAAUUUUUGUGGUGCAAUGGUAAAAUUGAUUGUGCAGAUGCAAGUGAUGAAGAAAUGUGUUCUUGUCUUGAUAAAAUAGAUGAGGAAAAAAUUUGCGAUGGUUCAUUUGAUUGUUUCAAUGGCGAAGAUGAACUUAAUUGUUUUGGAUGCGGCAAUAAUUCUUUCAGUUGUCUAGACUGGACCAGACGUGAUCCUAAGGGAACUUGUGUAUCCUUAUCACGAAGAUGUGAUGGAAUAAGUCAGUGCCCAAAUAAAAAAGAUGAGUUAGAUUGCAGUAUUCUCACACAAUCUUAUAUCAACGAGGAUCCUCAGAUAAAUAGUUCAUAUGACAAUGGAUAUUUUUUAAAAAACUGGAAGGGCAAAUGGUAUCCAGUCUGUCCGACAACUCUGGCCUGGGCAUCUGACGCCUGUUUCAAAGGAACUGGAAUCCAGGCGAUCGAACCACCAACAAUUACAGUUGAUAUGAAAAAACAAAGACUUAAUCUUGGCCCGUACAUCGCGAUGGAGCCAUCGGGGGAGAUUAAAUUACUCGAAGAUUGCUUUGCUGAAUUGGCAUUCGUUUUAUGUCCGACACAUGGAGAUCUAAAUAAAUAAUACCAUUCAAUUCUUUAUCUUUUAUCAAAUUUAUUAUUAUAUAUUUUAUUUAUUAGCAUAUAUAUUUACUAAUCUGUAUAUUAAUAAGAGAAUAAAGAAAAUUUU